GAUUUGUUGACCCUGUACCAGUCUACCCCCUUAACAUGGCUCCUGACUCUGUUGAUGAUGACUACAAAGGCUGUUCUGCUGAAAUGUCCGAGUUGGUGAAUAGAAAAUAUCUUGGAGUAGAUGGAGGCUUGGAGAAAAGCAGAGAACGAAACUCAAGGAAUGAAACCACAGUUAGACAAUCUGACCAUGAAUCAUGUAAUUGCUAUUCGUGUGUAUACUUAUGGAAUGCCCAAUGUUUUUCAACAAUGCUGUUCGCACAAGUAGAACAAAUUACAAAACCACUUUUAAGUAUCACUCUCUUCACUUUUUGUCGAAAGAUGCUAUUCAGCGCCUUAACCCUAAUGGUACUUGCUUGCAGGUUAAUCGGGAAACUCGUGUAGAAUUUAAACCUCCAAAAUUGUUCAGAUCAAUAAGAUUUGGCUCUUUUACAUCAACCUCUGUGUAUCCCAACAAUGCCACCAAGUUGGGAAGUAAAUCAUGUUUUGAGGUGUGGAUAUGCCACGGUGCAAAUGUGUCAAAAUAUUCACAAUAUCCUGCUGAGAAUGAGGUGCUGAUUCCACCCUAUGAGAAGUUUAAAAUCAAAAAGGUCAUUAAAAAUCACAAAAAUCAAGCGGCUAUGAAGUGUGAGACGGUUUACCAGCUGAAGAGUUCUGGUAUUAAAAGUAGUCUGAGGUGUGCCUUAUUCAAGAAGGCAAGUGGAGCGCUCUAGUUAACAUUGUCCUCAGGUUUCUCUCUGUCUGAACAGUCUUAUUUUGUGAGUUUAUUAAGAUGCUGAAAUUCAUAUUUUUUUUUUAAAGAUUUAUUUUGCCCUUUUUGUGCCUUUAAUUGAUAGUUCAGUGAA